CAUGAAAGUAACUAGUGAAGUUGAAGGCCAAAUAUAAUCGUCUGUCCUGAGCCAGCAGACAACCCAUCCCGGCCCCCAAAUAAUGGCCACCUUCUCGUCCCUCUGCAUAAGUAAUCAUCUCUUAUGUUAAUUGGUUAUGGAGGAAGCAUUUAUUUUGGUUUAAAAUAAAACAUUUUUAAAAGCUGAAUUCUGUACGGUUCCUGGCGUCACCUUUUCAGUCAGCAUUCUAUGAUCCCUGUUAUUAGUUGGUGUGUAUUAUGUAGUCAAGCUCACAUGUCGUCAAAUUACUAUCAAAUUAGGUUGCCAUGGUAACCUGGCAAGUCUCAAUAGAAAAGCUAUCAUUUGUAUUUGUGAGGAGUACAAACCUUGUGACAACUAUAAACAUAUCAUUGCGACGUUGAGCCCCACGGAUAUAUAUCAUGUUGGAAAAACACACCAUUAUGCAUGAUUGCUCACAAUGACAAUCCUAUACACGCUGUACGCACGCAUAUCAGUUAGAAUACAUCACUUAUCGCAAGCUGGCCAGAACGUAAAAAAAAAUAUUAAUGUUAUGACAACGCUUCUGUCAGUUUUUUUUCCCCGAGUAUCGUGUAUGAAAUAGAGUUGGUAAAGACCGAUCAGCAGAUAACGAGUAGAAAAGCCACAAAAUAACCAUGGCAACAAAAGUCCAAUCAUAAAUACAAUCAAUAUCUUGUUAAUGGUUCCCUCAAAACCUUGGUCGAUUUUGCCAUCUUUACACAUUAAACCUAUGGAUAUAUAUAAACUCCGGCAAUUUAAAUAUUAAUUUUUGCUGCUAAUGGCACGACAUGGUGUAAUAUAUUACCCACUUGACUAUCUGCAACGGAGACAGCUCAAUUUAUAAUCAAAUAAUAUUAUCCUCAACGAUUGGAUGUGUGGAACUGUUAAUGUUUAAACGUGUUUGCCUAAAUCUCGAAAUUAAUCGUGAUGGAGUGGAGUGAGAUAAACCCCCAGGAAAAUAGACUGAAAGAGUGCUCGUCGACGACUCAAAAGAAAUGAUUUAAUCAAGUGGCGGCGGUAAACGGUGCAAACAGGGCUGUCUGUGUGAAUUUCCUUGAGAGUAUCAGCGGUUCCUAUUAACCUAGCUUGGUAAAUGCUGUCCUUGCAUCGCUGGAAGUUACCCAAGCAAUUCGGGGGUAGUCUCAGGCUAGUGCAAACGUCGAUUUUUCAUUUGCUCGGAGGACGUUUAAUCAAGAGACUCGAUAUUGAUACUGUCUUUGUAUUGGUUAACGUGUAUCAGUGAUGAAUGAUUAUGCAGCAUACGUACUUAUAUGAUGAUGAUAAGAGCCAGACGAUACUUGAAAAGGUCGUAUACUUUCUCUUUGUGAUUCGGGGACCAGCAGCAGGUAUGGAUGUGAACCACACCGUUGAUCCUUCUGGUGUAACACCAGCAAUUGCUCUCAUCGAGAGGCAAGUCUUAGCGGUGGUUCUUGGUAUCAUUGUAGUGACAGGCUUGGUUGGGAACAGUGUGGUCAUUCUGGCUGUAAUCUUAUCCAAGAAGUUACGGCGUUGCAUCACAAAUUCCUUCGUGCUCAGCUUGAGCGUCUCAGACUUGGCUGCAUGUCUGAGUAUGCCUUGGACCAUUGUGUCAUUCCUAUACCCAGGAAACGACUGGCCGCUACCCGACUCACUCUGCACGCUGGGAGGCUUUGGUUUGAUCAUGUCAGUCGGUUGUAGCAUCUUUACCUUAUCAAGCAUCGCACUCAAUCGUCUUCAUUUACUCACAAUGCCCAGACAUAUUUAUCGGCGAAUCUACACACAUAUCCAGACAGCAUUCAUGAUUCUCCUGACUUGGUUGGUGUCUAUAUUCGUUGCCUCAGUGCCUCUGUUCUCAGACUUAGGACGGCUUGGAUACAGCGCUCGUCAUGCAAGCUGCACUCGCGACUCCUCCCAUCCACUAGCUGGAGCUCUCAACAUGUUCAUUGCUUUAGUCUUCUACCCAGUUCCGUGUCUUAUUAUCAUCAUCAGCUAUGCUAGGAUCUAUAACUUCUUGAGGAGACAUACUAGGAUCAUCGCAGUGGAGCAUGAUGCAUCUCAGAGAAACAGAGCCUGGGUAAGGGGUCAAAGAGGACAGCUGAAAGGUCAAGUAUCGCAUCGUCAACUUGUCGUCACAUGGAACAUGUUUUACGUCGUGUGCGUCUUCUGCUCUCUAGUGACUCCUUAUGGAGUUGCUCUACUCAUCCCAAAUAACGGCCGUGCCCUCCCCUACACAGCUGUAGUCCUAAGCAUCAAUAGUUGCAUCAACCCAUUCAUCUAUGCCACCAAACAUCCUGACUUCAAGAGGGUUAUGCUUUGCAUUUUGUCUUGUCGAUGUGACAAGAUACCGGGUAGGAUUCGGCGGCACCGGGCGCAAGUCUACCCAUUGAACUUGUAGCGACGACGG